CCCAAAUCACAUAUACAGAGCUCAUGUUCUGUUACUAGGUCUCAUCGGCUUUUAUUUCUCCGGUCAACUGUGGUUCUGCGGUUGAAUUCGGUGGAGAGGAAAGAUGGCGGGAAUGGGAGAUGGGUAUGUGGGCACAGCCCAAGACGCUGUGAGAAUCCGAAGGCUCGAGAAGCAGAGAGAAGCUGAGAGGAAAAAGAUUCAAGAGCUCAAGAACAAGACCGCCUCCUCUGAAGGCCAGCCCGGUCUUCUCCAGUUCGGUUCCGGUACAUCGGAGAUUCUUGAGACUGCGUUUAAGAAGGAAACUGUUGGUCUGGUCACUAGGGAGCAAUAUGUUGAGAAGAGGGUCAAUAUCCGGAGCAAAAUUGAGGAAGAAGAGAAGGAAAAGCUUCAGAAGCUGCAACAAGAGGAGGAGGAGCUUCAAUUACAAAAGCUUAAGAAGCGGAAAAUAAAGGGGAACUCCCGAUUAUCUUUUUCUGAUGAUUUUGAGGAUGGAAAUGAAGAGGAAGAUGAGGAAAACAAAAACACAGACAUGAACAGGUUUGGAUGCCGGAAAUUUGGCAAAGAUCCUACAGUGGAAACUAGCUUUUUGCCUGACAGUGAGAGGGAGGCCGAGGAACAAGCUGAGCGCGAAAGGUUGCGGAAACAGUGGCUUCGAGAACAGGAACAGAUCAAAAAUGAGCCACUUCAAAUCACUUACAGCUACUGGGAUGGAGCAGGCCAUAGGCGAGUGCUCCAGGUUAGGAAAGGUGAUUCCAUUGGAGAGUUUCUUCGGUCUGUUCAGCAGCAACUCGCACCUGAGUUUCGUGAGAUUCGGACUACUUCAGUGGAGAAUCUGCUUUAUGUGAAAGAAGAUCUCAUUAUUCCUCAUCAACACAGUUUUUAUGAGCUGAUUGUUAACAAGGCCAGGGGGAAAAGUGGACCGCUUUUCCACUUUGAUGUACAUGAGGAUGUGCGCACAAUUGCCGAUGCAACAAUAGAGAAGGAUGAGUCACAUGCUGGGAAGGUUGUUGAGAGGCAUUGGUAUGAAAAGAACAAGCAUAUCUUUCCUGCUUCAAGAUGGGAGAUAUAUGAUCCGACAAAAAAGUGGGAGCGAUAUACAAUCCAUGGCGAUUGAUUGAUCAAAAGCACAUAUCACAUCCUGUUGUUAUUUUGAUUAGCUGAAGCCUAUUACGUUUGCAUCUACUGUGGUUGAGAUAUGCAUUUCUAUAAGCUUUCAAUGCUUGUUUUUAGAUGGAGAACUUUGCUACUGUGGUUGAGAUAUGUAUUUCCAUAAGCUUUCUAUGCUUGUUUUUAGAUGGAGAACUUU